CGACGAAAAUGGGCAACAAGACCAGCGCGCCCAAGUACUCGGCCGCCGAGAUCGAGACGCUCAAGGGCCCCUUCAGCGACGCGGAGUUUGACUGCCUCGACGCCCUCGCGACGGCCGCGAUCGCCGACCGGGCAGCCUUCGAGACGCUCUUUGGCCUCGGCGCUAUGCCCGACGACAUGCCUAUCCUCGCGCGCUUUGGCGGCGCGCUCUACGAUGCGUUCUUGACGCUGCCCGACGUUGACGGCCCAUCGACCGACGAGGUUACGCUGGCGCACGUGGCCAAAGCCGCUGCGCUGUGCAUGCGGUCGUCGUCGGCAUCGAUCCUCCGCAGUCUCUGGUCCAUCUUUGACGCAUCGACGACUGGAACGCUGUCCGAGUCCGAGUUGCGCCAGCUCUUUCUCGCAGUGCUGCUCAUGGCCGACGCGACAAGCGACGACGCGCUCGACGUGGCGGCUUACGUUGGCGCGGCCGAUGCCAUGGUCGCCUCCUUCCACCUCCAUGCCAACGCGAUCUCGCUGCCGCACUUUGUGUCGUGGGCGAGCGCGUCAUGGCCACUCCUGCACACGGUCUUCGGCGCGUGGAUGGCCCACAAGUGCUUUGCCUCGCUUCCGUCAACGCGCGCGUCGUACAUGGCGCCCCGACUGUCGCACCGAUCCGACAUUCUCUCCCGUGGCGAGCUCAUUGCGCUCUCGGGUCAGUCGAUGCAGCUCCAAGACACGUGGGACCGUCUCUACACCAGCACGCAGGACGGGCUGAGCUUUAACCGCUUGUGCUACCAUCUUCUCGGGUAUGCAGGGCCGACGCUGAUUGUGUGCACGGCCAUGGACGGCGCGACGUUUGGCGCGUACUGCGACACGCCGUGGAAGGACCAGAGCAAGUUUUUUGGAGGCCCCGGGUGCUUUCUCUACCGGCUUUGCCCCAACUUGCUCGUGUGUCCGAGCGCUGGCGGCACCAAUUUCAUGUACUUCAACACGAAAGGCGUCGCGCUGCCCCGGGGUCUCGGCCUCGGUGGCACGACCAGCAAGUGCCGCCUCUUCUUUGACGAGGACCUCGACGACUGCUACACGGCACUCAAAUGCAAUACGUUUGCGCCCGGCUCGCUCUCGCUCCGGUCGUCGUUCCAGAUCCAGACGCUCGAGAUUUGGGGCUGCGGCGGCGCUGCCAGUCGACAAGCGCAGAAAGGGUACCGCGCCGAUACGGCGGAUCUCAUCAACAAGGCGCGCAAGGUCGACAAGGCGCAGUUUGUGAGCAACGGCUUUGACCGGGAAAUGUUCCUCGGCAAGACGUUUGGCCAUGGCACGGACGCUGCGCGCAUCGCCGACGACGAGCAGUAGGCGACAGUAACUUGCCCAAUACAUGCAGUUCAUUUCCGCACGCGA